UAUGGCAUCAACAACGCUGUUUGACUCAUCGUGAAGCCUUUUAACAACAGCAUGUCUCUGAGGAUGGCGUCGGGGUCCUUGCGCUCCUUGAGGAGCCUCCCAUCUGCUCAACGGACGUUCUGUUUCCCUGUUCGUCAUCUUCGAACGAGUGCGCCCCAUCAAGCUGGUUCCUCAGAUCAUCACCAUGACAGCCACCAUUCUUCUGCUGAAGAUCGUCAAUAUGAGACCAGAGAGUCCUGGUUCAUUGGUCCAUCCCGCAACUUCAUCAUCGGAUCCCUGAUCGCUUAUUUUGGAUGGGACUAUCUCCCAGAAGCCAGCAAAGUCGCCGCUUCUCCUUACAAUGACCCCGAAGCUUUCAAUGCCAUGUUGAAGGACGAGUCGAUCCCCUGGUAUACUCGCUGGAUCGCCAAACACUAUGCCUCAAGAGAAGAAGUCUUGGCUGCGCGUGACGAGAUGAUCAGAGAGGAUGCUCAUCGAAUCACGAACCGUUUUGCCAUGUGGGACAUGAAGGGAAGCGCAUUGGGCGCGGUGCGGAGCAGUGGAACGACCCAGAUUGGCAUCGAGUAGCUGUCGGAAGAACCAAAUGGGCAAUGUAUAUUACAUCAUGUUUGAGAACACACACAAAGGUUCAGCCUGCUGGGCUGCAGGUGUUUCCUCGCUUCUACUAGCUGCUACAAUGGACCGAUUUCAUCUUGCCCGCUCAUGCGGCAUCAAGUCAAACUCAAAUCCACAAGGAUGGUGACGAUUCCUAGCACGAUCUCUAUGCCGCUGGACAUUGAUCGUCAGUCGUUGACUGUGAAUGCACGCCAUGGACUCACAUCAAGAUGAUUACGAUGGACUC